ACCAGGUCAGUCGUUAAAGUCCAACGGAUGGGCGUACGACCAACUCUUGUACAACGCGCGUAUUUCUCAUUCAUCUAGUGCCCAAUUGUUUAUUACAAACGCGCGCAACUCUAGUCGAUAUAUCCGAUACGCUCUCCAAGUUAAAUUUGUGUUUAAGUUAAAUUUAAUAUUGCUCCACUAUCUCUUGAGGAUUUUCCAAUACAGAGAGUCAAGAAAAAAACAACUUUCCAACUCGCAGGACGCGUGGAUUUGUUUUUUCGUGUUGUGUUCAUACACGGUGACGCGAUAUCACCCGUAAAUGAGAAAAAAAUGUUCUGACACAAGAAGAAGAAAAGGAUUUGUACCUGAAAAUAUUGGGGACGCGAAGUAGCUAACAAAUUCAUUCCGAGGAGACGGAAUACCAUUAAAAACUACAAAAUGACCAUGAAGGACGAUCCGCAAGCAGAGAGAAUUAGAAAAAUGUUUAGUUGGAGCAGUGGAUUAACAAGUGACAACAUAGGAGUCGGUUCUGCCAACUCCAAUUCAAUCACAACAAUGCAAAAUCCAGAGACCAUAAUGGAAAACAACGUAAUAAGCCAGAGCACAGUUUUAUCCACUCCAGGUCUUAAUAAUGCCGCCUGGAAUCGUCAACAGGCAGUCAGUGUGCGGCAUGCAUUCAAAACGUAUGGUAGUAGCAAAAAUCCAAAUCACGUACUGCAGAAUCUGAGCAUGACAGUGGCCAAAGGAUCAAUAUACGGUCUCCUCGGUGCUAGUGGCUGUGGAAAAACUACCCUAUUGUCUUGUUUGGUGGGACGAAGACGACUCAAUUCUGGAGAGAUUUGGGUGCUAGGGGGUAAACCUGGAACGAAAGGCUCGGGUGUACCGGGAAAAAGAGUAGGAUACAUGCCCCAGGAGAUAGCACUUUACGGAGAAUUUACCAUUCGAGAGACCAUGAUGUAUUUUGGAUGGAUUUUCGGAAUGGAGACACCGGAAAUUGUCGAAAGGUUGAGGUUUCUACUGCAGUUUUUGGAUCUGCCUUCUCAGAACAGAAUGGUCAAGAAUCUCAGUGGAGGCCAACAAAGACGAGUAUCUUUUGCGGUUGCCCUUAUGCACGACCCCGAGCUUCUCAUUCUGGAUGAGCCCACAGUUGGUGUAGAUCCUCUUCUUCGACAAAGUAUCUGGAAUCAUUUGGUACAAAUCACAAAGGACGGAAACAAAACUGUCAUCAUUACAACUCAUUACAUCGAGGAAGCGAGACAAGCACACACGAUUGGAUUAAUGAGGAGUGGAAGAUUACUGGCCGAGGAAUCACCUAGGGCACUACUGACUAUGUAUAAUUGUCCAUCACUUGAAGAAGUCUUCCUGAAAUUAUCAAGGAAGCAAACCAAUAAUCAUCCAAAUACUGAGUUUAAUAUUUCAAAUAAUAUUAGUUUGGCAUCAUUACACUGGGGAAAGAAGGACGAGCCAGUCUACGUAACUGAAGAGUCUGGCGUUGUCGGUCUCAACUUCCACCAGAGCAAAGAGGUCCUCAUUCAUGAUACGACAAACGGCGUUGGCAGUCAUUACGACUUGAAUGGCAAGCCACUGCCAGGGGUGAAAGAGACACCAACCGUCGAGUGUGACGACUGCGACUUUCCAGGAUGUCUCGCCGAUAUCACAAGCACAGGAAAAAUAAAAGCGCUACUUCAAAAGAACUUCCUCAGGAUGUGGAGAAACGUUGGAGUGAUGUUGUUCAUAUUCGCGCUACCAGUGAUGCAGGUCAUCCUUUUCUGUCUAGCCAUUGGAAGAGAUCCAACUGGUUUGAAACUGGCAAUAGUCAAUCAUGAGAUGGACUGGGAUUCCAAGUAUUGCCCGGUUUACUCAAAUUGUACUUUCACACAUCUCAGUUGUCGUUAUCUCAAAUUUUUGGAUAAUGAUACCAUGAUAACAGAGCAUUUUCGGACGAAAGAAGAUGCUCUGCACGCGGUGGAGAGGGGAAAGGCAUGGGGAACUCUGUAUUUUACUGAGAAUUUCACUGACGCUCUGUCCGCUAGAAUGAUUUUGGGAAGAGAUGCGGAUGAAGAAACGUUGGAACAGAGUGAAAUCAAGGUCUGGCUUGAUAUGUCCAACCAACAGAUUGGCCUCAUGCUGGCCAGAGAUCUUCAGUACAGCUACAGAGAUUUCGCCAAAGAUCUUUUAAGUGCCUGUGAACAAAAUACUGCUCUUGCCGAUGUACCUAUACAAUUUUUGGACCCUAUCUAUGGCUCCAAUGAUCCUAGCUUCACGGAUUUCGUCGCUCCUGGUGUCAUUUUAACAAUUGUUUUCUUCUUGGCUGUUGCCCUUACCUCCUCUGCUCUAAUCAUCGAGCGAAUGGAGGGUUUACUGGAUCGAAGCUGGGUGGCAGGUGUUUCUCCAGGAGAGAUUCUUUUUUCGCACGUUAUCACACAAUUCAUCGUAAUGUGCGGUCAAACAGCUCUUGUCCUUAUCUUCAUGAUGCUUGUGUUUGGAGUACAGUGUAAUGGUGACAUCGGUUGGGUUAUCCUUCUGACGAUUCUUCAGGGUCUCUGCGGCAUGUGCUUCGGAUUCGUGAUCUCCGCUAUUUGCGAACUCGAGAGGAAUGCCAUUCAACUAGCUUUGGGCAGCUUUUAUCCUACACUUUUGCUGAGUGGUGUCAUUUGGCCGGUAGAAGGUAUGCCGACAGCCCUUCGUUAUGUUUCUCAAGGACUCCCUCUAACUAUGGCAACGACUUCCCUGCGUUCGAUGCUGACUCGAGGCUGGACGAUCAGCGAACCCGAUGUCUACAACGGCUUCAUCUCGACCAUCAUCUGGAUCGCUGUAUUCUUAACGAUAAGCAUGCUGGUUCUCAAAUUCAAACGGGGAUAAAGGUCAACCUUCAUAAUCCACUGGGCCAUUGUCCAUGUACAGAAUUUAAUUUUUAGUUAAAAAUGAAAAACAAAAAUGGGGACAAAUCGAAGACUCAAAUUGGGGAGGGUACAUCCUCAACCAAACAUUCCUCAGGCGGAAUCAGGGCACUUCGUAAUUUUAUAUAAUGACAGUUUGCACUUCAAGUUGAAGGAUCUCUUGAAGUCGCUAAUUCAUUUUAAACUCAAAUCUCCUUAUCGAAAUAAUACGAUUUAACUUGUUGGAAAUUAAUUGUAUGGCAAUAGUUAAUGAGAAACAUGAUGUAUGAUCGUUAUUAUUGUUUGAUGAGGCUAUUCAAUUGAGUUUAUGGUACCCCAAAACUGUAUAGAAGACCCUAGGAUUUUAUUAUUAAUUUUUCAUUUCAUUCGACGUUUAUUUUUGUAAUUGUUUUCAUAAAAUUAUUUUUUAUUCUGAAAUUAUACACUUGAGGUUUCUGAUAGAUUACUAUUGUCAGGUGGCUUUCUUUGUUAUGUUUCUGUCAUUUAUUCUUUCGAAAUCUAGCGAAAAUAAAUGUUACCUUCUGUUGUUUAUUGCCACAUUUGUUAAUUAAUCAAUUGGAUGUUUGUUUGCGUACCAUGUGUUGCAUUAAAAAUUUUGACUUGUCAA